ACUUCAAAUCCCAGUAUGCUUUGCGCCACCAACCAGGGAUUGCGGCUAUCAGCGCCUGCGCCCAGCGCAGCCGGUAACGCGUCCGGCAAGCCGCAAUCCAAACCCGUUCUGCCUCCACAGCCGCCGCCGAGGUGCUGGCGAAAAAUGUGGGUUUUUGGUUACGGGUCCCUGAUCUGGAAGGUGGACUUCCCCUAUCAGGACAAGCUUGUCGGACGCAUCACAGGCUACAGCCGGCGUUUCUGGCAAGGCAGCACAGACCACCGCGGAGUCCCGGGCAAGCCUGGAAGAGUUGUGACUCUUAUUGAAGAUCCUGGGGGCUGUGUAUGGGGUGUUGCUUACAGACUGCCAGCAGGAAAGGAAGAAGAAGUAAAAGCGUACCUUGACUUCAGAGAGAAAGGAGGCUACAGGACCACAACAGUCAUUUUUUAUCCAAAAGAUCCCACUACAAAACCAUUCAAUGUGUUGCUAUAUAUUGGAACACAUGAUAAUCCUAAUUACCUUGGUCCUGCACCUCUGGAAGAUAUUGCUGAACAAAUCUUUAAUGCAGCUGGUCCAAGUGGAAGAAAUACAGAAUAUCUUUUUGAACUUGCAAAUUCUAUUAGGAAUCUUGUGCCAGAAGAUGCAGAUGAGCAUCUUUUCUCUUUGGAAAAAUUAGUAAAAGAACGUUUAGAAGGAAAACAGAACCUUGACUGCUUAUAAAGACCUAAUCAUUGACUUCCAGAGAAGCAGAACUUUUAGUCUUCAAGAAUAGUUGCACUGCACAAUGACAAUAUGAUUUGGAAACAUAUUUACUUGAAGAUCUUAUUUAUUUUUAAUGUUGUAGUCAAGAUAUCAUCAAAAUUUAUAGUUAAUUCCAAGUGUCCUGAAACACAUAUAUAUUCAAAGUAUAGGGUAUAGUUAAAGAAAAAAUUCAAUUGUAUAUUGAACACUUGAUCAUGAGAAGUUCUUUAGAAAAAUACAAGAAAUUUCACAGCUUGUUUUUUAAUCAGAGUAAAAAUAAUUUUGUUCUUUCAUAUGACAAUACUAUUUUGAAGUUGUAGAGAAUUAAAUAAAAAACCCAAUAAAUAUAAUAAGGUAUACCUUCAAUAUAUUCCUAUGCAAUAAUUCUGUUACCAUGGUUUAAAAUAUACAAACUGAAAACAUGUGUAAUUACAAAUAUAUAGUAACUAGAGGCCUGGUGCACAAAAUUCAUGCAUUG